GUAUACUACGUCCUUCAGACAUAGCAAUGAAAUACAAAAUGCAACAAAUCAUCUAAGCAAACACUGAACUGUUGAUAAAUAAAGCCACUGGCCGUUCGAUGCUAGCCUCUCCUAUCACCACAAGAUGUUGCUCACACACCUCCCUGGGCCCUGGGCACACGUCUAGAUCGGCAGACAUGCUUUGACGUCUCCCGUCAUGAGAUAAUACCGCUCGGCACUGCUUCGUACCGGUGACAUCAAGUGAGAAACAUCGCGUCCAUCCAUCGAGGUGUCCGAAGCAAAGACACAUUCGCUGGUACACAUACGAGCGCACACAUAGUAUACGUCACCCGGGGUGUCCAUGUCGUUAAGGCUUAUCUGGGUCCAUCCUUCUGCUGCUGCUGCUUGCUAGAGGUCGUUAUCCGGCUGUAGGAACGGUUCUCGGCGAUAGGAACAUCGACCUACACCGACUGAUAGGACACAAAAAGGGAACCAGGCAUCGUCGUCUUUCAGGAGAUAGACCGUGUCCGUGGCUGUGGUGGUCAUCAUCGAGAAGGAAUGUUUGACUUCGCUGAAGCGAACGUCGAUCAUGAAUCGUGAUUGAACGGAUUCUGGAGGAACCCCCUUACUGCUGUUCGCGUUUCCAGCACAGGGGAUGGACGUCAUCGCCAAGCAUCCUUCAGCCUCUCUCGUCGUAGCCAUCGAGCUGAAGCUGAUAAGAUGAGUUAGCGAUCGUUGCUAGCUUGCUGGUUGGCUGGCCCUUAGUGCUCGAAACUCGAACCGAUCGCCGUUAGUCUCGUAGUGCAUUCGACAGUAUUCAGAGCGCGAUCGUGAUUACCACAAACAGAAGGAAGCGAUGCAGCCGCGACCUGUUAAAUGUCAUACAGAAGUGUUGGUUCUACUACUUCUAGUGCCCGUGGUGACGUUCGCGGCCAGUACCUACCCACCGAAACAGUACAAGUGUUCCAUCGUCAAUGAUGCCGGUUUUUGUUUCGUCGAAAAUGUGCUUCUGGACGUUUCCACCAACGGUGGUGCGACCGAGCUAAACGUCCAGUUCCCGAAGCAUCCGACGCUGCUGAUCAAGUCCGGAUCGAUACCGUACUUCACGAAGGAAGUCUUUGCACUGUUCGCUGACACUCGCCAACUGCAUCUGUACAACAAUACCUGCAUUCGGCGUAUGCUCAUCGCCGGGACCGCCAAUCUGACGGAGAUCAAUGUGCAGCGCAACGGACUGACGGAGGUGGAGGUCGAACCGGUGGAAAAUCGUGAACUGAAGGUGCUAUCGAUCGUUCACAACGGUCUUGUGAAUGUACCACGAAACAUUCGCUAUCUGGUUGGAUUGGAGAAGCUCUACCUGUAUAACAACUCUAUCGAGUACUUCGAUCUCGAGCUACUCGCCAAUACGACAACCACUCUGAAGAUCCUAUCGAUCUACGACAACCGAAUCAAGGCGAUCGAUUCUCGGCUAGGGCUUCAGUUUUCCAAGCUGCAGACCCUUUCGCUGAGCAAGAACAAGCUUACGUUUGUUCCUUACUUCAGUGAAGCUUUUCCCGCCCUGACGGUGGUGUCGCUGCGCAAAAACCCUUGGAAUUGUCACUGGUUGCGUACGGUUGCGGGGUACAUCAAGGCACACCAGAUUCAGAUCGUGCGCAAGGAUGCUACGUGCCGCGAUCAGUGGGUGAACGAGAUCUGCUGCACGCACACGGUGAUGGAUUUCCUGUUCGAUCGGCAAACGUUGCAGCUCGAGCAGGAGCGUGAUAUGGUGCGCAAUCUGACCAGCGCCAACCAGCAAUUGCGUGAGACGGUGCAUCGGCUCGAAUCCGAGGUACAGCAUCUCAGUGGCAGAUUGUCAGUGGAAGGCGACGGGACGGAUAGCAAGACCGAUGGGAAGGCAGAUGAUGCGAUCAAUCUUCAUUGAGUGACUGCGAUUUGUGGUGCACGUCUAGCGGACCGAGAUUGUUAGAGAGCGUUUUAUUUAAUUGUAUUUAGUAUUGUUCAGGCUCAAUAAAGGUGUUCGCGUAAGGUGCGAUUGUGAAAUGGUUUUAAAAUUGUCUGUGCUAUCGACUGUGCUCAUUAUAUGGUUUCAUUCUUAACAUUUUACAGUAAUUAUUUUAUCAGCAACAACUAUCAGUCGAUGGUUACGCAAAGCUGCAUAAGCUGCAAACGG